CAGUCUGGCUUGCACAUGCUGUCAGAGGCUAGCAGGAGACCGUUUUCCUUUUAAUACAAGGAGGAGAAAAAGCUUUUACUGCUUCUGUGCACAUUUGCAGAGCACAAUCUCUCUGCCAGGCAACUUUCAGAAAUUAAUGAUUGCUGUGCAUCACUGUGAGACCGACUCCUUGGGAAAGAAAAUGAAGAGUGCUGCCAGACCUUGGAGUGCAAUGGCAAAGCAAGGGAACCAUGGGAUUGACAGAGGAAAAUCUCUCCCCACCACUUCCUCAGGCAUGAAGACUUCCAAAUCCUCUACUUCACUUGCUUUUGAAUCUCGGCUCAGCAAGCUAAAAAGAGCUAGCAGUGAUGACAUGUUAACAAAGCCAGGGGUGACAGCAGCCUCCGGGGUCUCCAGACUGAAGAAGACCAUUACAACAGGAGCAAUUUCUGAGCUUGCUGAGAAUCGACUGAAGUCCAGCACAGGAAUUGUUUCAUCAGCGAAGCGCACAGGGAUUCCGGCUCCUCGGGAAAUUUCAUCAACUGUCUCCAGAGAGAGAGCUGUGUUGCGUGGUCCAGCCAACACCAGGAAAACUCAGCCCAGCCCAACUUCUUCUGGCACACCCACGCCUACCAAGCACCUGCGUCCUUCUGCCAAGUCCAAGCAAGAGAAUGAAACUGGGGACAAGGCAGUUCUGGAGUCCCAGGUUAAGGAACUCUUGGCAGAAGCAAAGACGAAAGACACUGAAAUCACCAAGCUCCGGAGUGAGCUGAAGAAAUGCAAAGACAAAGGGUCAGUUAACUCUGAAGGGAUUGGUGCUUCAGACCAAAACUUAGAAACCUUACCAUUGUCACCUGGUGACAUUGACCCAUUAAUACAGACUCUUCAGGAAAAGAACAGGACUUUUCAAAAAGAGCUUGCUAGCCUGGUGGAAGAAAACCGGGUUUUGAAGGAGAAACUGAUUUAUCUAGAGCACUCCCCUCUCUCGGACACAACAACAAGCAGUGGGGGUGACAGCAGCUUCACAACCCCAGUCACUCAAGAAUCAAGUUUUGGAAGCCCAACAAAAAAUCUAUUGAGAGGUGAACCGGAUGAGCCCAGACAGCGUGUGAAUGGAGAAGCAGUGCGAAAGUCAGGUUCUUCUAGCAGUGAUGUGACUAAAGCCUCCUUGUCACCCGAUGCAUCCGAUUUUGAACAUAUAGCAGAUGUACCUUCUAGGCCAACCUCCUCCAAUAGCAACCCCUUCAAGGGUUCCAGAUGCUCCACCACAGGGAGUUCUCCGAACAACAUUAGUGACCUUUCUGUGGCCUCCCUGACGGAGAAGAUACAAAAAAUGGAAGAAAACCACCACAGCACAGCAGAAGAGCUUCAAGCCACUUUGCAGGAGCUGUCAGACCAGCAGCAAAUGGUGCAGGAGCUGACAGCAGAAAAUGAGAAGCUGGUGGAAGAGAAGGCUCUGCUGGAGACCUCCUUUCAUCAGCACAAAGAGAGAGCAGAACAGCUUAGUCAGGAAAAAGAAAAGCUGAUGACUCUCCUACAAGAGCGAUCCAAGAAUGAAGAAACCAAAGUUCAGGAGGGGAAAAUCCUUGAACUGGAGCAGAAAUGCACAGAAUUGCUUGAGAAAGCACAGUUUGAAAGAGAAAAGCUGCUCAAUAUCCAGCAACAAUUAUCCAGCAGCCUACGGAGCUUAGAAAGGGAGCACCAAGAUGCUCAGGAGGUGAUCAAGGGCCUGAGAUCGGAAAAUGAGACGUUGAGUGGGCUUUUAGAAAUGGAACGACAGAACAACAGCAUGGUGGCAAAGUCUCUAGAGGACUGUAAAGUUGCCUUAGAAGGCCUGAAGAUUGAAAAUGGAUCUCUCAAAACUCAGUUGGACAGUGAGAAACAAAAAGCUGCAGAGAUCAAUGCAAUGGGAUGUACCACUGACAACUCUGGGGUGCAAGAGAUGUUGAAAGUGGCCCAUGCAGAGAAGGAUCAGUUAGAACUGGCUUGUACAGAGCUCAAACAAGAGCUGCUGAAGGCAAACAGUGAAGUGAAACAUGUCCAGGGUCUACUGGCCAAGGUGGAGAAGGAAUGUGGUCAGCUGAAGGAGCUGUAUGACCGACAGGCUGAACAGCUGAGCAGAACCAGCCUGAAGCUGCAGGAGAAAACUUCUGAGAAUGAGUCUGAGAUCAGAAACCUGAAGGAGACCAUCUUUGAGCUGGAGGACCAGGUGGAGCAGCAACAUGCUAUCAAACUGCACAACAACCAGCUCAUCAGUGACCUGGAGAGUAACGUGAUGAAGCUCGAAGAGCACAAGCUGAAUCUGGAGAGGCAGCUGAAGGGUCUGACUAAGCAGAUAAAGGAAGAUGCAGAGGAGUGGAGGCGUUUUCAAGCUGACCUACAGACUGCAGUGGUGGUGGCCAACGAUAUCAAGUGUGAGGCUCAGCAGGAGCUGCGGGUGGUGAAGAGGAAGCUCCAGGAGGAAGAGGAGAAAAGUGCCAAGCUGCAGAAGGAGCUGGAGGAACUGCAGGGCAGCAGCAGGCUGACAACUGAGGAGGUGAAUUCUGUAGAAGCAGAUACCACCAACCGCUGGCAAGGAGUCUGUGUCAGCAGGGCAUCACCCACUCCCUCAGAGUCUGCAGCUACUGUCAAGUCACUCAUCAAGUCAUUUGACUUGGGAUGCUCAGGGAGCGCUGGGCAGAGUAUCACGGUUCACAAGGUCCCCAGGAGCCCUCUGAGUGGAAUUCCAGUGAGGACAGCCCCAGCAGCCGCUGUCUCCCCCAUGCAGAGGCAUACUGCUUACAGUAAUGCAAAGCUGCUCAGCAAAGGAGUCGACAAACACACAGACCUUCCAGACCUCCCCCUUGCAGACCUUCUAAAAGGGAGAAGUGAGGACCUGAAACCAGAUCAUUACCUCCGCAAGAGCCCUUCCCUGGAGUCUCUGAGCAAACCCCCCUCAAUGGCCUUCAGCAGCAGGCUGCUGACCUCCAGCCCAAGCAGCCUGAAACCCCCCAGCAAACUCAGUGUGGAGAGAAAGGACCCAUUAGCAGCCCUGGCCCGAGAGUAUGGCGGCUCCAAGAGGAAUGCACUGCUGAAGUGGUGUCAGAAGAAGACUGAAGGUUACUCGAACAUAGACAUUACCAACUUCAGCAGCAGCUGGAGCGAUGGGCUGGCCUUCUGCGCUCUCCUCCACACCUACCUGCCGGCACACAUUCCAUACCAGGAGCUCAAUGGCCAGGAUAAAAAAAGAAAUCUGCUUUUGGCUUUUCAAGCUGCUGAAAGUGUGGGCAUCAAACCCAGUCUGGAACUCAGUGAGAUGAUGUACACAGACCGGCCAGACUGGCAGAGCGUGAUGCAGUACGUGGCCCAGAUUUACAAGUACUUUGAGACCUGAGCCCCAGAGCAGAAGGUGGGCAGACAUGGGGAAGAGACAGAAGAAUGCCACGGAAGCACUUGAUCACUAAAAAAAGCCUCUUUUCUAUUCCAUGAGCCAGCCGAGGCUCCUAGGUCGCAAGGAAAGCUCUUCCACAGUUCUGAUCAUAUCUCCGUAACCUCAGACUGCAACCAAAUAAAAAUCCAUUGUCCACCUUUACAAACCAAAUACAGCUGUAAGUUUAUUUCAACAUGGAAACUACAAAGGGUUUUCUGCCAUUGUGGGAUAUUUCUGAAGAUGAUGCCCUUGUGCUUGAUAAUGAUUGCCUUUCAAACCAGACUCUGCCAGCUGGAGACUUGCCACAGAACGAAGUGAAUGCAACAUGUACUUUGUAAAUCAGUGCCUGAAGUAAUGCUAGCACUCAAGGGAUGCUGGCAGAGUAUCGUUAAUGAACCAGUUGACAACAGUGCUCCUCUAACACAGUUACAAAUAGACGCCUAACUCAGAUGGACACACAUCCCAAGUGAGCCCCUCUCUCUCCUCCUUUUCCCAUAUGUUUUAUAUAUACACACCAAGACAGAUACAUACACACACACACGCGCGCGCGCGCAUGUAGAGCCUCACACUUCCGGAGAGUGACUUACUCUGGCACACUAAGACAGACCUACACACUAGUUUGCCUGACUUAGGUCAGCCUGCAGGAUCUGCAACAGGGUCUUUUUCUGACUCAGAGGCCAUCCCAUGUGCUAUCACCAGUCAGCCAUAGGUACAAAAGGGAACUAGUAGGUGCUGUGACUCCGUUCCUGGUCGAACAAAGGUAACCCGCUUUGAUUUGUGAGAAAAAUCACCUCAUUGCUUCAGUGAUAAACCUUGUAGGGAGCCAGAACCCUGAUACAUACCAGCUGACUGCGCCGGCACAGUCAUUUCUGUAGUGCUGCAAAUGCAACUAGUUAGUUUUAUUACACAAGGCACAAAUAACCAGGCAGUGACUCGUUAAACCUGAGUAACCUGUGAUAUCUCAGAGCUACACAUUUGCAGCAGGUUUGUGUAGUGUAAACUCAUUACUCCAGGUUGUACCUAAGUAAUCUGCAAGAAUGUGUAAAUACUUGUUACUUACUACCCAGAAGGCCUUGUUAGCUGUGCCCUGAGCAGAGAAGUGACAUGCAUAGGUUAUUACUGUAUGUUUAGACUUGAGGUUACUGUGUAAAAGAACACACAAGAUUAAUACCAAUGGCAACAUGCAACUGUAUUCCGUAAGUUACAGCGAAUAUAGCUGGCAACUCUUCGUUGUGUCACUGAAGCCAGAGCUAAGCCUAUGGGAUCCCAGCGAUCCUGCUGAUAUCUCUUGGUGUAAGCAGGGUUUAAUUUGUCACUGUUCAUGCCUCUUUGUAUUUGGCCCCAUAAACUUGAAUCUUCCAUUUGCUCUCAGAUGGUCUCUCAGAAUGUGCUCUGUGUGUGUAUGAUCUACCCUAGGGCAGCUCUGCUGCCCCAGGUUGUGCUGAUAAAAGAAAAUGGUUGUUUACUUCCAAUGUUUAACCUUGUGGCCCAGUCCUGAUGCUUCAUGAAUAAUGAUCACCCACAGCUAGGGGUCAUUCUCCUCCCUUACCUAGCUCAUUUCAAACCUUGGGUUUCUCAUUGUAAACAACUCAAGUUCUUCCCUAGUGAUAGAUGUUAAUCCCCAGCCUUGGAUUUAUAUUUAGAAUUUGGAUCUUGUUGGUUUUUCCUAAAUGUCUCUAAUUUAAGCCCUUGUUUCCAUGAGUUUUGUCUGUAAAUGGAUGUGGUUCUGGGUGCCACUGCAGUGCCCAAGGCAGCUUCCCAAGAACUGGGGGAAGAGAAGGGAAGGGUCAGGCUGCUGUCAUGUAGACCCUGCACCCAAGAGGGAGGCAGACCACUUGGCCAUGAAUUCACCUAAGGGGUCGUGCUCAGACGGCACAACUCAGUCCCAUGCAAAAUCUAUAGGCAGCAAACAGGUAUGUGAGGUGGAACAGGCUAGUUUAAAAGUCUGAUCCUUGGCAGAACUCACUCCCUGCAUGUACUGAUGGUGAGAGGUUGGUAUGUUCAGGAGGUCUUAAGUGCAGGUCACUCACCACACUUGCUAUCACUUUUUGAAAUCAGAUAACUACUGGGAGGCAUGUAACAGGCUCAGCAGCACAGCAGGUGCAUUUAUCUGGAUCUGAAGCAAGGACAGAAGUUAAGCAGUUAGACUAAUCCUGGGGGAGAGGAGCGGUUGAUUUAUCCUCUAGUAUGUUAUGCCUGGACUGUAUUGGCAAGGAGGCCUAAAACAUCCCAGUUUUAAGAUUGUUCCGAGAUGGGGGUCUAUUUCUGUCAUUUCCUGUAGUUCUUACAAUUAUUGUCAUGGGACUGGAUCCCUGUUUUGUUGCCAGCUGUCUCAGCAGAAGGAGACUAAGCCAGCAAGAGUUGAAUUUAGGUCCUGAUGGAGGCUGCAAGCUUUGGAACAGUGUCAAAAAGAGAGACUUUAAGCUCUUAAAGGUAUUUCUUGUUAGUCAAUUUGUUUCUCCUUAAUGAUGCAGGCAGGAUUUGGGGAGGGGUGGGAAUGGCCCUGAACAAUGAGCAAACUGAACAGAGGAGGUGACGGAAGUCCAGCUUACAACUAUCUUUCAUGAAAGGCGCGAGGAAUUCAAGUCUCCGAGAGACUUGUGAGAGUCCCUGUAACAGGAACAAGAAGUGGCACAAACUUAACUCCAGCUCCUGACAUUCUGUGGGUGUGCUCAUGUAGUUCUCCAGCAGUGGGUGCUGCCCAGAGCCCCAGCUGGACUGAACAUCAUUGCAGGGUAUUCCCAGACUGCAGUUGUUUUCUUUCUAAUUUACAUUUCUAGGUUAAAUUCCUUCUCAAGUGUUUUGCAGAGUUGGAUUUGGUGGCCGUAGAGUAUGUGGAAUGUACUGAUUUAGCCAUUUUAAAAGCUUCGAUUUGGGUCUCCAGUUAUGCCUUCAUAAGAGGGUGCAGAAGUGUAACUCUGAUGUUGGUUACUAAGAAAUAUUCACUUGUGAAGGGGUCCCUACUGUGGUAUUCCAUUCCUGUACGGAUGAGGCAGGUUCCUCUAUUCCCUCGCUCUGCCCUCCCCAAAGCAUAGUUCAUAUUCUCUCAGGGAGGGUGUAACCCAAGCCUCCUGAACUCAACAUAAGGGCUUCCAUUGGCUUCAGUGGGUUUGGAAUGAGGUUCAUGAAGAGGUGAGAGCAAUGGCGGCAAACUCCAGAAAGCACGUUAGAGCCAGAAAUCCCAUCUUCCCAAAAAGGUAGUUUUAACCCACACUCGCUGGAAGUGCCUGUGCUGCCUGUGAUACACUGCACAGACGUGUGAUAAACACGUGUAUUGUGGAGUGAUGACAGCAGCACUUGCCCUGAGACUUCUUCGAACAUUUAUUCUAAUCCAUUGCCUCCAAAUUGAUUCUAACGUUCCAAAUCCUUCAACAACUUCAGACAGUUGCUGUGGGUUUUGUUUUGUUUUUUCCAAUCAACUUUCUAGGGAAAUGUUUUCUCAGGCUCUUUGUGGCUUUGGAAUUCCCUCUCCCCAAAAAUACCAGAGCUCCAUGCCCAGGACAAGGUAGGAAUCCAGCCUGGGCCAGUGCCUGGGUUUCUAUAGAUGAAGGCAUUAUUGGUCUAAAAUAUCGUCAAGCCCUGAGGGCUAGCAAUUUAAGCCAUUUGCCACUGGAAAGGGGAGAUUCCUAGCUUUUCACUAGGACCCAAGGCUCCCUUCCAGGCAUGAGAAGUCCCAAAAGAUCCAUCUUUGAAGUCCUGACGUUUUUAGGUCUAGAAAGCUCUUUUAGGUCAUUUGAGCAGUUUUUACGUGUGAUAGCUUUAAGUUUUCUAUCUCCCUGAGCUUUGCACAGCUGCAGUCCUGGGCUUCUAUUUUCAAAGUGACUAGUGAUUUGAGGUGCCUCCAUUUUGGGGUGUCCAAGAUGAGACACUUGGAACGAGCCUGAUUUUCAGGAAGUGCUAAGCAUCUGCCCUCUGAAAACAAGCCCCUUGUAAGGUGUCUUGAAGUGAGCACCCAGAAAUUGGGGCUCCUAAGAUGACUAGUUGCUUCUGAACAUUUAGGCCUUGCUAACUCAGGCUCCUGGCUUUACGAAAUAGCCCCAUAGCAUUUUGGAGAAGCCUCUAACACAUUCUUAGAACAGUCCUAUACAGGAUACCUGGUGGUGUGGGGUUUUAUCAGCAAGUGUUAGUCUUGCUCUGCAUGACUCCCUUGUGACUUUACCUCUUCAGAGGAAUGCACCAUUCCCAAACUUGCACUGAUGAACCCUUUCUACCACACUGUGUGCUCCCCAUCUAUAUGAUGCUCAUUCUCUUGCACUCAUGCACACAUACAUGUGCCUAGUUAAUUUUGGCAGGUCACUAGACAUGUAAGUCGAUCCUAAAUGCUGACUUUGGCUUAGCUCUUGAGGAAGAGGACAGUUGAGCGGCAGUUCCAGGAGCCCUGGCUGAAGGGAUUGCGUUGUGUAAAUGUUGCACAAUGGCUGCUAGGAAAGAGAGGACACGAAGGGGGUGGAAAGUAGGAUCUGACGUGCAAAGUCACUGAUCCCACAUGGAAAGCACAAAGUAUUUCAUGUCAUGGGAGGGGAAGGCAGAGUUGAGCCGUGGGGUGGGAGAGGGAGUUGGGAAGCCAGCCCAGGGUCUGGGCCUUCUGGGAAGAGCGGAUUUAUAGUGAAGCUGACGUGCUGUUUCAGAAGACAUGCAGAAGCUGAGUGAAUGUACAGGAUGUGUGAAAGGGAAAGGGCAGAAUUUGGGGUCUGUGUGAGAUAGUAGAGGCCUCAGAAGUCUUGAUGUCUGGAAUUUCCUUCAGCUGUCAAUAUGUGGUCUGUCCUCUUUGUUAUCACUACCAUCCCAGCCUUUGCCAGAUUUCUGCUCGGAACUCCCAAAGAAACUUAAAGGGGACUACGGCAGAACUGGCUUCUUUUUCUCUGUUUACAAAAGGCAGCUGAACAGAGCAGGAUAACAGAUUGGUCCCCUAUGCUGCUCUCUUUGCAGGCUGAUUUUCUGGGAAUGCAAUUUGACUUUCCAGGCUCCUCCCCACUAGCUACACCCAUUCCCUCUUCUUUUGACAAGUUUUAGCAGUUCUUGAAAGAGUUGAUGGGAGCUGCCAUAUCUUCUUUGCCUCAAGCCUCCUUCCUGCUCUUGGUGGUUUUGUCAGUAUAGGAAUGCCACCACAUUGCAGGGGCAACCCACAGGACACCUGAGUUCCCUCUGUUUGAUUUGUGACCCCUAUGGAUACCCUACAUCUAGCCUUGGUUUCAGUGACUGCCUUUCUCUCACUUUCUAGUUGGUAAGAACCGGAGAGAAGUUGGCUCAUCUAAUUACAGAUUUUGUACCUUUCUCAUCUUUCCCUGGUCAUGGGACCAAGGCUUCCUUCAGCAAAUGUCCAGGGAGGCCAGCUGUUUGCAAAGCCAUUCCAUGUGUCUGAAAUGCAGUCUGGGGAGGAUGAGACCCUGUGCGUUCCUGUCAAAAGAGGGCUUGCUGCCUAACAGGACUCGGGUCACAAGCAUUAAGACAUUUCACACAGUUGGCAAUAGCUUCUACUUCUCCAAACUGGAAUUGCUUUCCACCAACUCUAGUGCUAUUUAAGCUCAGCCACUAACACAGUGUAGAGUCCAGGCAGUAAUCUACCCACCAUUAAAAUUUUUCAUAGCUGAUGGUCUCUUCAUUUUACCUUGCAUCUGUGCCAAAUUUCGCUGGGCAGUGCUGGGCACAGCAUUUUUACUGGUUUUGAUCCAGACUAGAAUUUUGCCAAGUAGAAGAACCAUCUCCAAUAGUCAAGUAAUUUUAGCUCUGUCCAUUGGAUACAGUUGUUACAUCCAUGAUCUAAUUUAUACAAAGAGCACACUAGAAUGUAUAUACUAGGCAUUGUCAGAUUUGGACAUGCUAAUACAGAUGUAUUUAAAGAUUAACACUAUUAAAGGAUACAAUGCAAAAUCUGUGUAAAAUUUCUAAUAAAUCUUUGUUUUCUGA